AUGGUCUUCAAUAAAUUGCGCUCUGCCCUUGGUGAUGAUAUACCUGAUUUGGUAUUUGUGUCUGACCGGCACAAGAGCAUCCAUAAGGCGGUCACAACUGUGUUCCCUAACUCAUUGCACGUUUCAUGUAUAUAUCAUAUUGGCCAAAAUGUAAAGGCUAAAUUCAAAAAGGAAAAUGUGCAUGCUCUGUUCUACAAGGCUGCGAAGGCAUAUCGACAAUCAGAAUUUAAUGAAUACUUUAUUGAGCUCGAGCGAUAUGCUCCAGCCAUCGGUGCCUAUCUUAGAGAGGCUGGUUUUAGUCGUUGGGCAUGUGCAUAUUCGGAUGGUAAGAGGUUUGAUAUAAUGACCACAAACAUUACGGAAUGCCUCAAUGCAGCUCUAGCGGAUGUGCGUAAAUUGCUGAUUCAAUGUUUGAUGGAGUAUAUCAGGAAUAUGCUGCAACAAUGGUUUUAUGAGAAACGGGGUGAUGCUAGUAAAAUGGGUGGAUAUAUAACAGCUUGGGCUGAGGGAGAAAUAGGCAAAAGAUUGGCAUUAUCCCGGUAUUGGCGUCCAGAACCGAUUGAUAUGUAUAGAUUCAAUGUUCAUGAUGGUCACUUUGGCGGUAUUAUCGACUUGAAGGCGAGAACUUGCACUUGUAGAGUGUUUGAUUUCGACAAAUUGCCAUGUGGUCAUGCCCUGGCUGCUGCACGUUCACGCAAUAUUCACCCAUACAGUUUGUGCUCCUCAUAUUACCAAACAGAAGCUCUGCUGUGUGCCUAUACCGAUCCGAUAUUGCCUGUGGGUAGCCAAGCCGACUGGAUCGUGCCGACGGAAAUUGCGUCUAUUAAAUUGCUACCACCGGCAAGUAGACGCAAACGUGGAAGACGUCAGAUUUUUCUAAUUCCCUCAGCCGGUGAAGAGAAGAGGAGGGUAAAAUGCAGUUGUUGUGGUCUAAUUGGUCACAAUCGCCAAACUUGCUCUAAUCCAAUAACUUUGCUGUCAUAA